AUGAAGGUUUUCUCAAACAGUGAUGAAGGCCUAAUUAACAAAAAGUUGCCCAAAGAACUAUUAUUAAGAAUAUUUUCCUUCUUGGAUAUAGUAACUCUGUGCAGAUGUGCACAAAUUUCCAAGGCUUGGAACAUCUUAGCCCUAGAUGGAAGCAACUGGCAAAGAAUAGAUCUUUUUAACUUUCAGACAGAUGUAGAGGGUCGAGUAGUGGAAAAUAUCUCAAAGCGAUGUGGUGGAUUCCUAAGGAAGCUCAGCUUGCGAGGCUGCCUUGGUGUGGGGGAUUCCUCCUUGAAGACCUUUGCACAGAACUGCCGAAACAUUGAACAUUUAAACCUCAAUGGGUGCACAAAAAUCACUGACACCACGUGCUAUAGCCUUAGCAAAUUCUGUUCCAAGCUGAAACACUUGGAUCUGACCUCCUGCGUGUCGAUUACAAACAGUUCCUUAAAAUGCAUCAGUGAGGGCUGUGGAAACUUGGAGUACUUGAACCUGUCUUGGUGCGAUCAGAUCACGAAGGAUGGCAUUGAGGCGCUGGUGCGCGGCUGUCGGUGCCUGAAAGCCCUGCUCCUGCGGGGCUGUACACAGUUAGAAGAUGAAGCUCUGAAACACAUUCAGAAUUACUGCCAUGAGCUCGUGAGCCUCAACCUGCAGUCCUGCUCACGCAUCACAGAUGAGGGUGUGGUGCAGAUCUGCAGGGGCUGCCGCCAGCUGCAGGCCCUCAGCCUUUCUGGGUGCAGCAACCUGACGGACUCGUCGCUGGCAGCCCUGGGUUUGAACUGCCCGCGCAUGCAAAUCUUGGAGGCUGCCCGAUGCACUCAUUUGACUGAUGCAGGCUUUACACUUUUAGCUCGGAAUUGCCAUGACCUGGAGAAGAUGGAUCUUGAAGAAUGCAUCCUGAUCACCGACAGCACACUCAUCCAGCUCUCCAUUCACUGUCCUAAGCUGCAAGCCUUGAGCCUGUCCCACUGUGAGCUCAUCACAGACGACGGGAUCCUGCACCUCAGCAACAGCACCUGCGGCCACAAGAGGCUGAGGGUCCUGGAGCUGGAUAACUGCCUCAUCACUGACCUGGCCCUUGAGCACCUGGAGAACUGCCGUGGCCUAGAGCGCCUGGAGCUGUACGACUGCCAGCAGGUCACGCGCGCAGGCAUCAAGCGAAUGCGGGCUCAGCUCCCUCAUGUCAAAGUCCAUGCCUACUUUGCUCCUGUCAUUCCACCAACAGCAGUGGCAGGAAGUGGACAGCGACUGUGCAGGUGCUGUGUCAUUCUCUGACAGCAGCUGCUCAGGCCCAAGAGUUAAUAAAAUGUCUGUUCUUCUAGAGAAGACCAGUCUUCCUGAGUACUCCACUGUCACCCACGUCCGUUGGUUCUCCCUUGGGAAAAGGCAUUUACAGGUAAAAGACUUCAAUGUGAACUGCAGUAACUGGUGACAGUUCUCACCUGCAUUGCUGCGAUGCAAUCAAAUCAAGGCCUUGUGUCAGUUAACAUGUGGCAACAUCGAUCUCAGCGAAGCCAAGACCACACGAGAAACCGGGUCCCUUCAGAGGUGGGUAUCUAUGUGCAAGUCCUACCCUGGGGCUCUAUCAGCGUUCCUCAGACAGACCAACAGUGUUAGCACAAAUUGAGAGAGAAGAUCACCGGAUUUUCCACCUGAUCCUUAAGCCAGCAGGCUGCGUUAAUUCACAAUGAUUCCAUUUCGAUGAGCAGAACUUUUUCACUUUGAAGAUUAACUUUAUCAAAAUAACUGUAUUAUAAAUUCAUAACACCUCAUAAUUUUAUGUGUAGAAGGUAAUGUGGAAGGCAUGUUAAUUGGUUUCCAUGAGACACCAAAGAAAAGAGGACUCCAAACUGGAUAGAGUGGGGUCUUUACCUUUCUGUUUGUGUCAAUUUGUUCUAACCACCUCCAAGGACCAAAAAUUGAACAAACUCAGUUUAUGGUGGCUGAAUGGAAAUUUUAAGCUCUGGCAUAUGCUACAGCACAUAAUGCAUUUUUGUUUAAGGAAAAAGCUAAUUAUGUCUAUACUUCUCAGCAAAUUUGGGGGACUUUGCGGAAGUAUAAUUAAGGUUUAAGUAAUUUAUACUAUUAAAAAUAAUGAAUAGAUGCAUGCAGAAUGGAUGUGAUUUUUUUAAAGUUUAUUUUAAAAUUGUAGAAAUCAGGUUACACCAAAACUAUUCAAAUUUUUACACACUUAAGACUGAGAUCAGUAAAGAGUUGGCACCUUUUAGACUUGUAGUGUAAAUCACUGCAGUGUUUAAUUAAUUCAGUGGUUUUUUUUAUUGCUAUUAUCUUAUGGCCGACAAAUGUGAGCAAAAGUUCAAACCUCCCUAAUGUUAUGAGAUGACCUGUUACCUACUGUGGCGGACUCUUGCUCUGUCCUGUCCACAUCUGUGCUAGUUACUGAAGAUGAGGAAGACAUCACCAUCCUCGCUGAACUUGGGCCUUAAUUGUGGCUGGCCAUUCCUGGCAACCACUACCCAAACUUCAGGGCCAAGAACUCAAUAAGAAAUAAAACAGCAAAAAACAAGAUGUUUUCUAUGAGUUUUUGAACAACUUUAGAAGCAUUUUAAGUACACUAUCUCAGCUGCAUUCUAGAUAGAGAAGAGGCAUAUGCCUCCAUACAGUGACCUAGCAAUAUUAUCAGAGUAACAAUUAAAGGACUGGUUUUAUUGCUGACAUACUCUAGUAUUCUGAUCUUAAACUUGUAUAAAUAUUCAUACCACUGCUGCCAAUUGGAAAGUGACUAAUGUAGAAAGCCACUUAAGUAAACAAAUGAGUACAUAACAGACUCGCUUCAAUGAUUAUGAAUUAGGUUCUACUAAAAAAUUAAUGUCCAGAGUCUUCUAAUCUCUCUGAGCUAGGACACAGCCUGUCACAGCUACUGGACUUGAUGCCCAGUGACCCAUGGCCUCAUAAGAAAGCCAGGUUUGCUUCCUUUCUAAGUAUGGAACAGUUCGUGGGAAAACAUACAAGCCUAAUGUCUUCCAAUAUUUGGACAGGGAUAGGCUUGGGGCAUACACAGGGAAUUCCUUGAUUCUGUGAUAUAAGCAAGAACUGAGAUUUUAAAUGAGACACACAAUUUGCAAAAAGAAUCGGAAAACAUUUAUUAUACUGAAAUGUGUACAUCCUGCUAUUAAAAAAACAAAGUAGCAAAUUUGCUGGUGCCAUAAUUUAUUUAACCUGUUUCUCUGGACAGACUCUAACUUUCUAAUGCCACUGGGUAUAAUUUCAAGUCUGAUAAGCUUGUAAAUAUUUUUACCCCACAUCUAAAACCUGAUGAGGAUUUGAAAAUAGCACACAGCAUUAAAUGACAUUUACUGUUCCAUAAAUCAUGAGUCCCAAAAAGGAAUGCUAAAUAGACAAGCAAAACUUUCUAAAACAAUUAAAACUAAAACUUCUUUCCCAAGUGACUUACAAAAAACAUGGUCGCACAAAAGCAAAGGGAGGACGAAAAGGCAAGCUCUCCUGAUACAGGUCUAUGGGAGUUACAGGUAUUUUAAAACCUGACUACUGAGACAGUGCUUCUUUGUAGGGAGUAAUUAGCCACUUUUAUGAAUAAACAGCAAAAACGUUUACUCAUCGAAGGAGCUUUGUCACCUGGGAGAGAAUUCAAACUCAAUCAUUCCUAUUCCCACCUGAACAAAGAUGAGGAUCAAAUAGUACAUCCAAAGCUAAAACUGCUAAGUGGACAGAUGCUAUGAUUAAAAUGGAAUAAAAGUUUGUUUUUUAAAAUUCAGUCUUGAUAUACCACUGGCUUCAAAAUGCUUUCUGAUGAAUUUUGGGCCGCUUUGGGUGAAGGACAAAGGCAGUAGGAGGAAAAAGUGAAAACAGUAGAUUCCAUUUGAAAAAAA